GACGCGCGGGGCGUGGCGCUGAGCUGCGGGCUGGCGGCCUAGCUGCCGGCGGCGGAGCUGCGGGCGCGUCCCGAGAGCCUCGGGAGAGCGUCCGGGACCCCUGCGGCUGGAAGGGCUGUUCCCCGCCUGGGCCGCGCGUCUCCUCCGGCCGAGACCGAGACCAGCCCCGGCUAUGUCGGCCUACCCCAAAAGCUACAACCCAUUCGACGACGACGCGGAGGAUGAAGACAGUCCGGCCCCGUGGAAGGACGCCCGCGCCGGCCCCGACGGGCCCGCGGACGGGCAGCAGGCCCUGCGGCAGGAGGUGCUGCGCAGAGCGGAGGCCACGGCCGCCAGCACCAACAGGUCCCUGUCCCUCAUGUACGAGUCCGAGAAGGUCGGAGUCGCCUCCUCCGAGGAGCUCAUCCGGCAGCGUGGAGUCUUAGAACGCACAGAGAAGAUGGUUGACAAGAUGGAUCAGGAUUUGAAGAUCAGCCAGAGGCAUAUUAACAGCAUUAAGAGUAUGUUUGGGGGGCUCGUCAAUUACUUCAAACCCAAGCCGGCAGAAAUCUCACCGGAACAGAACGGCACUCUCACCCCACAGCCCAGCAGCAGAUUGAAAGAAGCCGUAAGUACGAGUAAAGAGCAGGAGGCGCAGUACCAGGCCAGCCACCCAAACCUCAGGAAGCUGAAUGACUCAGACUCCAUUCCUGGUGGGGCCGGCCCCACUGAGGGCACCGAGGCUUACCCGAAGAACGCCCACCUUCGAGCCUAUCACCAGAAGAUCGACAACAAUCUGGAUGAGCUGGCUGUGGGCCUGGGCCGGCUGAAGGACAUAGCCCUGGGGAUGCAGACAGAAAUCGAGGAGCAGGACGACAUUCUUCACCGCCUCACCACCAAAGUGGACAAGUUAGACAUCAAUAUAAAAGGCACAGAAAGAAAAGUUCGACAGCUUUAAAGAGAAUCCCGAGAAGGAUGUCCACUCCUGUGGUGAAAAGAGUCAAAAGAUCUUUUAAAUCCCAAGACAUUUCAUUUGCUUUUAGUAUGUCAUUUAACAUGUUUGCAAAUGUUAUAAUAGAGUGGGUCUUCAGAGAUUUUGUUGGUGGGAAGCCUAUGUCCCACCUUUUUGUUUUGCCAACACCUCUCACUUCUUUGAACUAAAUGCUUUAGAGUUUCAGUCAGCACGGUAGCCUGGCCCUGAAUUGUCCUAGGCCUUUGAUCACUCUGCUGGAAGGAGGUCACUCUGCAUCUCUCACCUUACUGAGCAUAUGAAAAGCUGUUGGCAGUUCCGUCUUGGAACUGCCACCUGUGCUUCCCUGAUCGCUGUCUUUCUCAUUCCUAAGCCUUCUCAUGGGUCAGAGUGCUAAGGGAUGGGGUGUGAGCCAGUUGUCUGUGUUUAGCAGUCAACACCCUGACCACCACCCCCCGGCCCACCCCCCACACACAGCAUAUUGUGAUUCCCCCAAACCGCCACCCCCUGCAAAAAAAGAAUCAGCGUUAGAUUCAGAAAUGGAUCGUAUCAGCAUUCUUUGCUGUUUGAUUGACAAAUGUCACCUCUCCCCCUCUCUGUCCCUGUCACUCAUUCCAGUAGGAGGGGUUCACACCAGCACUGCUCACUGUGACCCUAGAAAUACAUAGGGAAUUGGGGGAGCCCACUUCCCCAUGAGCCCUCUCCUCUUUCUGUGGUUAGUUGCAGAUUCUCCACUGGCCCAAGGCCCUGUUAGUGUUGAUGGGAAGGGAGUGUCACACGCAGGCCAGCAGAGCUCUUCCUCCACCCCCCCGGGAGUACCCUGGCCAGGCCUCAGGUGGCAGUGCACAGCCAGUGCCCGGAGUCCCCUGACCAGUCCAGGGUUCCCACCCGCUCUUCUGCACGUCCUGCCAAACACCCUGACUUGUCACUUGGUCCCCUGCCAUCCAAUUUUAGGACUGGAACUCCACAAAUGAUGCUAACUGUGCAUAGAGGAAUUUGGCUUUUUAAAAAAAAGCCUGGAUAUCAUCAUUUUAAUUGGCCCAGCUUGUUUACUUUGACUUUACAAAAAUAAGAUUCACUUAAAAGCAUUAAUUAAAAUUGAUUUCUGUAAUGAGUUUCUUUGUGUUGGAACCUCCAACAAAAUAAUUGAAUCCACAAGGCCUUUGCCCUUGUCUUUUUAAAAAGCAAAUUAAUUAAAAUGUUUUGAAGAUGGUGAAAAGGACUGAUUUUAAUAAUACAGGUUAGGUGGGAAACUUUAAAAAAACAGUGCAUUUCAUCUUGAAACAUGGCAACUGCCUAUCUGGCCUUCACUACUUUGGUUCUGGAGCUUAUAAACCAAGUCCCCUAAAGCAAAGGAAAUAUUUUUAAAGUGCUACGACAGUGCAUCAGAGAUUGCGUAGCAAUUUGUCUGUAAAAGUUCAUCUCAUAACGCCUGACAUUCCUAAAAACAGACAGGUCCCCGACACUGACAGUUGUGCAGACACAACUGCCUGCCACGUUCCACCUCAGGAGUGCCGUCCUCAUUAUGAACAUCCCGGAAUGUGAGGAUGUGAAGGUCAUCAAUUAAACGUUUAUCAGAUAAGCUCAUCAGGAUCAUUCUCUUGAUAACUGGUAAAAGGAAAAAUGUUAAAAAUAUACCUAGCCCAACCUAAAUGCGUUCACAGGGCUUGCCACAAAAAAGCCACUGAAAAGCACAAAACCAGAACACAGAGCAGCCUGCAGGUACAAUUCCACUCGUUCUAGUGGUUUUCGGUUUUUCCCAGCAUCUUCCUUUCCUGUCUAAUGAUUACAUCCGCUCAUCACCGUCAGGCACAGCCUCUUAGCCAUUAGUCGUACUUCAGACCUUCAACUCAGUAACAUGGAAAGGCCACCGCCCAACAUUCUCUUCCAAGGACUUUGAUUCGCAGAAUGGGAUUAGCGAUUUAACCUGAUUUGAAGCAAAGUAGCACCUUUUUUUUACGUACCUUUCCAGCCUUUUGUUGGAUUGAUGAUGCCAAUCACCCCCCUUCGUAAUUCCCCCACUGCAAGCAUCGUUACCUUCACUUUUCUAGACAUUUCUCUUCCGACAUUAGAGGCCUCAUACUUUUUGCUCAUUCUUGCCCAUUCCGUGGCUUUGGCCAAGGGGCCGUCCAUGCUGGCCAGCAGGCUCUUUGUGCUGGGUCUUCAGCCCUGCUCCACAUCAGAAGGACUGGCUGUGAUUCUACUUUAUAGAGCAAACUUGGCUUGCGUUUCCAGAAAACAAGGGAGGACCUGAGGAGCCUCCAGAAUCUUUGCACAUGAUGAUUAUGAUCAAAAAGAAAACAUUCUACCCUCUUGACUAAACACAUCUAUCUCAUGGAGACACCGAGGUGCCCGCCUGGGACUGGCUGUGGGGUGAGUUUGGUGACACAAACAAGACCAGUGGACUCGCCCUUGCCAGAUGGGGUCUGUGAGACGUUUUUAUUUCCAGUCAGCUGGAAACAAACCGUGCCUUCAAAAAAGUGGCUUUUCUAACUUUAGAUUGGUUAAGUGUGCUACUAACUUAAAAAUAAGUGCAUUUUUUAGAGGAAACUGUCUAACAUCUACGGAUGGGCAACUUAGCAUUGGGUUUGCCUUGUCUUUGUUGCAUUCCUUAGGAGAGGGGACUGAACUGAAUUCAGGUGGCAAGAAAAAAUUAAGUAAGUGCAUUUUAAUUUCUCUUUAACAUCUUUUUGUGACUGAUUUUAAGUGUACACUACAGCAAUUUAGUAAAAAGCUUAUAGUUUGUCUAUAUAGGCCUUUUCUUCAAAAUUUUAAGUUGCCAGUGUUAAACAUCUUCAGCACUGGUGACUGAAAUGUUUUGUGUACAGAAUGAUGAGCUACUCGUUACAAGUGCUCAUGGAAGGGGGGCUUUGGGUUCAGCGUCUAUCAGAACAGCUCUUAAUGCUCCAUGCCUUCAACUCGACAAAUGACCACAGCCUAUAAAAUAAAAUGUGAAGUUUUUCAAUCAGA